AUGGACAGCCGUGAGAUAUUGGAGUUGGAGAACAAGCUUCUUGAUCCGACCACAGAAGAACCAAUUUCUCUACCCCUACACUUUUUGAGAUCGAUAACAAAUGAUUUUAGCAAUGAGCAAGAACUCGGGAGGGGUGGGUACGGAGUGGUUUACAAGGUGCUCAGUAAUUGGAGGAACAGAUUCGAAAGAUCAUCGAAGUAUACAUCGCCAGAACUACAUACCCAGCUAGUAAAACAAUGCAUCAACAUAGCUUUGGAAUGUGUGCACCCUGAGAAGGAGAAAAGGCCAAAUGUAUCAAAUAUAAUUGAAAUUCUUAAUGCAGCAGAAGGAAGUUGUGUUCAAAAUGGUGAAGAUUUACUGGUAGAUCACCAGAUUGGAGCCCAGGAAGGGGUACUGCAACCGGAUGUGCAGCGUGAGGACGGCUUGAUGGAUCACCGACCAGCGUGGAUCACAAAAGGCAUAAUGAAAUCAGCAGCUGCACCACUCCAACCACAACGCGAGCCAGUUUUGGAAAGUGUGGAUGGUUCGCUUUGUUAUCAAGGGUCACGAAAUGCAUCAUUUUGGGUGGCGCACAAAGCGUUGGCUUCCUUAGAGGACAACCUGCUCAAGGACUGGGCAGCCACCAUCAACCUUGGCCCGGGCGUCACGGCCCUCCAGCUAGAGCUGCUAUCUGUCAAGGCGAUUCUUGAGUCCACCCUCGGCAAGGUGAUACACAACUCAGCGCUUGAGCACUGUCUAAUGAUGCUUCAAGACCUUGUAUAUGACGCUGAGGAUGUGGUGGACGAGAUGGAAUACUUUCACAUCCAAGACAUGCUGGACGCCAGCCAGCAUGCCGAAGAGUUGCCAUCCGUUCAUGAUGAACCACCAAAGUUGAGAUUUGAUAGGGACAAUGCCUCUCGAAGAAUAGAACAUAUUGUAGAGCAAAUGCAGCUCAUUGAAAAGAAGUUCUCUAGUGCUAUUAAACUAUUAGGUUCAGACUGGAGCACUACCCCAAACAUUGCACAAAGUCGCCCCAUCACCAUCUCUGAAAGUAUAGAGCCAAAACUGUAUGGGAGGGAGCUUAUGGUGAAGAGCAUCAUAGAUGAUAUCACAAAGGGUAAACAUUCUGGUGAGGUCUUCACAGUUAUUCCAAUUAUUGGUCCAGGGGGCAUAGGAAAGACAACUGUUGCACAACAUAUAUAUCACAGUGGAGAGGUGCAAAAACAUUUUGAUGUAAAAGUUUGGACAUGUGUCUCACUCAACUUUAAUGUGAAUAAGCUGAUAGAAGAGAUUCAAAGAUAUAUCCCUAAAGAUGAUCAUGAAAGUUGUAAUGGUGCUGCUAGUGAGUUGAUUGGGCAAAGAUUGAAAAAUAAGAGGUUUUUGCUUGUAUUAGAUGAUAUAUGGGACUGCUGUGAUGAGGAUGAAUGGAAAUGGCUGCUGGUGCCAUUCCGAAAAUCACAAGUACUGGGUAAUAUAAUUAUAGUCACAACUCGAUUUCCAGCACAAGCACACAUAAUGGUUCGGAAAAAUGAUCAUUCAAUAUAUUUGCAAGGUCUAGAUAGUGAACCAUUUGAGGAAUUACUCCUAAAUAUUAUCUUUGGUGAUGAUGAUCAAUCUAGAAAGGACCAUAUAUUCUUGCUUGAAAUUGGGAUUAUGAUAGCUGGUAGACUAAAGGGCUCCCCUCUUGCAGCAAAAACUGUUGGUAGAUUGUUGAAAACCCAACUUGACUUGGUUCACUGGACUAGAGUCUUAGAAAGUAAGCAAUGGGAGCAUAGCAACGGAGAAGAGCUAAUUAACUUCUGGAUAGGACAAGAAGCUUUGCAUUAUUCACCACAUGGUGAAAGUAAAAGAGUUGAAGAUAUCGGGCUAAGUCAUUUGACUGAGUUGGUUAAUUAUGGAUUUUUGGAAGAUGAAGGGGAAAAGGAUGGAAGAACUUGUUACAUCAUUCAUGAUCUCUUACAUGAAUUAGCACGAAAAGUUUCAUCACUUGAAUGCCUUAGCAUAGACACUCAAUCUCAAAUGCAAAACAUCUGUGACAUCAUAGAUCUACCAAGAGAUGUCAAGAACCUUGUAAAAUUGCGCCAUCUUCUUGUUCAAGAUGAUACAAUACACUCUAGCAUCACCGACGUUGGGAAACUAAAAUCAUUACAAGAGUUGAGAAGAUUUGUGGUCAAACAAGAUCAUCAAGGUUUUGAAUUAAGGCAGAUAGGACAUUUGGAAGAGCUCCAUGGAUCACUGUGCAUUGAUAGUCUUGAAAAAGUUCAUGUACCGGAAGAAGCAGAUGAAGCAAAAUUGAUGUUGAAAAGCCACUUACAUGAGUUGAUACUACGUUGGAAUAUUAAUUGGCUUGCCGAUGAUUUUGCACUCCAAAAACAUGUUCUUGAAAGGCUUAAGCCAAAUCGCAAUCUUCAAAAGUUAUCCAUUAUAGGGCACAGAGGAGGCACUUGCCCUUCAUGGCUGAGUAUGAACCUCUCACUCAGUAGUCUGAAAUCUCUCUGUCUACAUGAUGUAAACUGGAAAACAUUUCCACCUAUUGGAGAUUUGUGGUUAGUAAAUGUGCCCCGUGAGGAAAUCUCAAUCAAUAUCCCUGAGAAGAGGGAUUGCUCUCAACUUGUGGAAUUGUCGUUUUCGCAUUCUGCUGGUUGUUGUCAACAAGGGAAAGAUGCAAAUGACAAUUUAUUUCCUAGACUGAAGGAGCUCAAGAUUAAGAGAUGUCCACAACUAUUGUCAUUUGCACCCAUUCCUUGGACUGAAGCUCCGUGCGACAUUAAAAUAAAAGGAAUUUCAUCUCUUGAUAGAUUGGUUUAUGGAAAAGAAAAGAGUUAUUUGACCAUUGAGGGAAAUAAUAAGGAUACAAAUGAUAGCACGGUAACAGGGCUGGCUGUGAAUGUGAGGGGACAGCACGCAACAGAGACGCCCGGAACAACAACUUCAGCUAACAAAGAGGAUCAGCAGCAGGAUGCAAGAGCAAAUGUCGACAGGCUCGAAAUAGAUGAUGUGGCUGGAUUCACUGCUGCGGCCAUUCGUCAUAGCCUGCUCUUUUCCUCGCUCACCGAAUUGUGUAUUUGUGUGGAUCACAAGGUGAAGAGCCUCACAGAGGAGCAAGAGGCCCUUCUGUUUGUCGACUCCCUCGAGGAUAUCACAUUAAGUGGCCGGCACAACCUGCAGUCCCUCCCUGAACGGCUACCUAGACAUCCCAACCUCAAGAGGUUACACAUCUUGACGUGCGGAGCAAUCCAGAUGCUGCCCAAGGAGGGCCUCCCAAGUUCACUGCAAGAGUUGGAUAUCAUAGACUGUCCAAAAAUCCAGUCACUGCCCAAGGUGGAUGACCUUCCAAGCUCCCUGCGAUAUUUAAAUGUCCGUUACAGCGGAAGCGAGGAGCUAAGGAGACAGUGCCGCAAGUUGAUAAAUAUCAUUCCAAUAGUCCAAGUCUGA